CAAGCAAGCAUAGCACUACGAGCCUAUUGGUUGGUGAGGGCUGUGUUGUGUUAUAUUUGUGUCAAUUGCCACAGUGGCUAGUUGUACAAAUUAUUAUUUCUAAACAUGUCAAAAAAUUCUAAAGAUAAUGCUGAUAAUAAACCAAUCAAAAUUAACAAGUGGGAUGGAGCAGCAGUCAAAAAUGCAUUGGAUGAUGCCGUUAAAGAGGUACUAACUAAGAAGUUCAACUAUGUGGAGAACUUUGCUCUGAUGGACGGUCGCCUGGUGUUGUGUGGGCUGGCUGUCUCUGUAGCGAUGUUUGCUCUGCUGUGGGACUGGCUCUAUCCCUUCCCUCUCUCCAGACCAGUUCUAAUAAUCUGUGUUAGCUUAUAUUUCAUCAUCAUGGGUUUGCUCACUCUCUACACGACGUAUAAGGAAAAGGGGAUAUUUGUUGUCUCUAUUCAGAAGGACCCUACUGGAUUCUCCCCUGACAAGACAUGGGAAGCGAGUUCUUACCUGAAAAAGUAUGAUGACAAGUAUAACCUGGUGCUGAGCUGCCGAGAUAGCAAGACAGGAGCUGUACGUGAGUCUCAGUUCCUCAAAUCUGUGGCUUGCUUCAUCGACGAGAACGGUGUCAUUGUUUAUGACUUAAUAGAACCGGAAGUCAGCAAAUUACACAACAGUAUUUCUCAAGACCGUAAAGAUAAAUGAUUUGUUACAAAAUAGUGUUAAUUUUAAGAGAACUUGACAUUUGUGCUGCAUUUUGUAACUUAUUAUAAUUUUUUUUUACUGAGAGAAAACUACUGGAUUUAUUUUCAUUCCAAUAGAAAAGCACACCCUGAGAAAACUGUUAAUUCUGUUGCUUAUGUUUAAGCACUUAUUUUGAGAGGCUGGGUAAUGGUAGUCCUUUUUGUAAACUGCUCUGAAAGGUUAAUUUUGUUAUUUGUUAGUUCACAGAUUAUUUCAAUAAAUAUUUACAAAACAGCGCUGUUUUUGUUUAA